AAGUGUAUUUGUUUGAGGGCCGAUCGCAUAAUCAGUUUUCUUCCGAUUAGAUUGUGUUAGCAAUCAUGUCAGGCGCAUUAAAGAAGACGACAGGAUUAACGGGUCUUGAUGUAUGCAAAAAUCCUCAUCAACAACUAACUAUACUCUACGCAAAAAUUUUACGCAUUUUAGGCUCUCUUCCAGCAGAAUUUGCAUAUAGAAAACACACUGAAAAACUCAUCAAAGAAAGAAGCAGUAUCGUAGAGCAGAACCCUGAUGUGGCUGCCGUAGAGGAAAAGAUAGGUUGCGGACAGAUCGAAGAAAUUAUAAUGCAAGCCAAGAAUGAGUGUACUUUAGCAACAUCUAUGGUAAAAUGGAAACCUUGGGAAAAUUUGGUAGAGGAAGCUCCUAAGUAUCAGUGGACAUGGCCACCUCACAAAUAACUCAAAAUUUGAUGGCCAGGGUUUCUAUAUAGCGCUGAAACAGUAGAUUCCUAUAUCGCUUAUAAGAUACAUUAAAUUAAAAUAAGUGUUAUAGCAACUACCUGGUUUCUUUAUUUGUAUGAGCA